AACUACAUUCCGUGCGACGGCCGGUUAACGACACGAAGAAUUGGCAUGGCGAUUCUGAGAUAACGAUUUGAUUUCAUUGUGAUGCUCGGUUGCAGCGUGAUAUAGCGCGUCUUACCCGCACAAAGACGAGCUGUGAUUGGUUGAUUAUGAUAAACAACAACCACUGAGCACCCUUGUUUCAGUAGACCAAUCACAAAGCGGCAUCGCAAAGCGCAACAUGUCAGGGAGCACGGACGCUUCGUUUGCAAGCAAUUUCAUGGAACGCUUUUGCUUUCAAAAUGCUCGCUCUGCAAACAUACCAAGCUACAAAAAUGGUUGUAUUCACCUAAUAAGUCAACGGCUAGAACCUUCUUUAAAUUUCGUUGAAUUUUUUUUCACCUUGGCAUUGGGGCAAACCGGCCAUUAUUUAUAAAGACCCCCUUACGUAACACCCGCAUAUAUGAAUAAUAUCACGCGCCGCAUCGAAUUUCAGCCCUCAUGAAACUGUAAACAAAAUGCAUUUAUGGUGAUCUGCCUUUGAACAUGGACGUGGAGUUGUUGACUGCAGGGAAAAACAGGAACGAGCUAUCAAACAAGAUGACUUCGGCAAAGUUUACUUGUAAAAACUGCGGAGAUAGCUUCCUCAGGGAAAAAGAUUUAUCGAAACAUCGAAGAUUAGAUUGUAAAAAGAAACCGUACGGUUGUCCUGAGUGUGGCCAACUCUUAUCCAGACGAGAUUCGCUCAGGCAGCAUUUGCAACGACAUGACGGCGGAAAGAAAUAUCCUUGUCAGUUCUGCGACAAAACGUUUGAUCAGCAGCAAAAUUUGAAAGUACAUUUACGAAUUCAUUCUGGCGAGCGUCCGUACAAAUGCCCCGAAUGCGGGCGGCAGUUUAAUCAAUCUCAAAACCUAACUACACAUCUGCGUGUACACAGUGGAAUAAAGCCUUAUUCCUGUAACGAUUGCGGGGCAACCUUUAGGUUCUGCAGCGGCUACCGAAGUCACAUGUCAAGGUCUCACAAUCCUUUAAAGCCCGCUAAAAAACGAGGCAGAAAUAAAGCCGACGUCGUUUCUCACGGCGAACAGAGUCCUCUUGAACCAGAGGAAAAUCGGGUUCAUCGUGUUAGCGUUAUUGCAAAAGUUUCCUCACCGUCAAGCAUGGCUGGGCCAGGCUUGAUCGAGAGUGUUCCAGUCGAGAAUAGUUGCAUCAAGUCCGUAGAAGAUUCUAUCGAUAUUCCCUCUCCUUUUAAUGCAGGCCUUCUGACUCAUUCAGAGAAACGUGUGACUCCACCGGCAUUACCCGACCUGCAUUACACAUGUCGCUUAUGCAAUCUUGUUGCUUUUAGACAGCCGGAGAUUAUGCAACACAUGAUUAUUGUUCAUGGCCUUCCUCAUAAUGAUAUCUUUAUUAAGAAAGAUUCGAGUAAGGUUAAUUAAAGACAAGGGAAAAUACGCCGGGAUAUAGAGAUGAAAAACGUGAAAAAACAUGGACCUUGCCGCAGUCAUGCACUGUAGAGACAAUAUUAUAUCUUUAUCGUUUAAAAGCGUUGGCUUUGAGAACGGUACAGUUUAUUUGAAGUGAAUACUUUGUUUAUAUGUAUAAAAGAUUUCAUUGAAAUUAUUUAUUAAAUGCAUGUACUCCCAUCUGUAAAUAUACACACAAGUCUGGCGAUGAUAUAUUAGCACGUUCCUCAGUACAUUGAACCUAUAAUAAUAUUUGUCGCCGCAUUGAAAACUCUUUCCAUAUUUGAUCCAUACGUUCGACAUAAAAUAUAAAUUGUUAUGAUAAACUAUUUGUUAUUUCACACACCAUAGCCCAAAACUUUGAUCCUGGAAGCGGAAAAAUGUGAAUAUAAUUUAAAACGAUUUACAAACAUUUUCAAAAUGCCUGAUCUCCGAACGAAUUAGAGGUGUUGCUUAACGUGCAUGAUUCAUUGAAAUCGAAAAUGGUUUACGUUGUCGUUGAGUAUUUAUAUAGAACGCCUGCAUGCAUAUUCAAAUAGGAGUAGUCUUUUCAGUUACAACUAGAUAUGUGGGAAAAUAUAAGAGCAUUCAAACACAGUGGUUGCGAAAUCAAACUGAAUUUGAAGUCAUGCAUGUGUGAACUGUUGUUCCAAAAAAAUGAAGCCUUUAUAUUUGACGCACGUAGCAAUAUCG